AAUCAGCAGUGAGUGUUUGACACAGACAGCUGAAGGCAGGACCUCGGGAGUUUGUUGAAGUUUUUUUUUUCUCUUCAAUUUAAAAGAGGCAGAUUUUAGCUCUCUGUUCUUGAUUUCCUUGAGACAGCUUUUGGCAGUGUAAAAAAUGUCAGAGGAGAAAGAAAUGACUUUUUACGAGGCUAUUCAUAAGGCCAGCUCCUCCAUCACACGCUUCCCUCUCAUCCCAGUCAGAGGAGUGCCUCUCAUGAACUACAUCGCCAACAACUGGGACAGCAUCUGGGCUUUUCGUCCCGAUCCAUCGGACCUCCUCAUCGCCGCCUACCCCAAAGCAGGGACUACAUGGACCCAGGAAAUUGUUGACCUGCUCCUUCACAAUGGAGAUGCUGAGGCCUGCAAACGAGCCCCCACACCUGUCCGCAGUCCAUUCCUAGAGCUCUUCUGCCCACCUCCCAUCCCUUCAGGUCUUGAUCUUCUGGAAAAAAUGGAUCCCCCGAGAGUUAUCAAGACGCAUCUUCCUUUUCAGCUGGUGCCUCCUGGAUUCUGGGAAAACAAAUGCAAAUCGAUCUACGUGGCACGCAAUGCCAAAGACAACCUGGUGAGCUACUACUACUUUGAUCUUAUGAAUCAGAGCCAGCCUGAGCCAGGGCCCUUUGGUGGCUACAUCCACAAGUUUAUGCAAGGAGAGCUGUCAUGGGGCUCCUGGUAUGAUCAUGUGAAAGGUUACUGGCUGGAGCGAGAAAAGAGGAAUAUUCUGUACCUCUUCUACGAGGACAUGAAAGAGAAUCCUCGGCGUGAAGUGGAGCGCAUCAUGAAGUACCUGGACUUGUCGGUCUCCGAUGAGGUCGUCAGCCAAAUCGUGGAGCUCACCUCCUUUAAAAACAUGAAGGAGAACCCGAUGGCCAACUACUCCUGCGUUCCAUCUCUGGUGUUUGACAAGUCCAUCUCUCCUUUCAUGAGAAAAGGUGAAGUGGGUGACUGGAAAAACCAUUUCACAGCUGAGCAAUCAAAGCUGUUUGAUGAAGACUAUGAAAAGCAGAUGAAGGACGUUGACAUACCGUUCAGGACCCUCAUCUAAUGGAUCCGGGGGUUUCUGGAAUUCGCCGUGCAAACCAAAGACUGAUGACUGUCGCUGAGCCACGCUUAAACAGCAGAAGCGAAAAACAAAAAAAACCCAUCAUGGGCUAAAAAAACCAAAAUAGUUGCUAUAAAAUUAAAAUGGUUUGACUCACAUUUAAUAUGUAUGGAUGUUGAACACUGUAAUCACUCAUCCUCGUGGCAUUUCCAGAGGAGGUCAUCUAAAUUUACUCCCAAUAACAACAUGCUCCACAAUAAA